AUGAGCAGCCGCAGCCCUCCCUCCGCGCACCACUCGUGCCGCUUGGUCCUCUUGCUUAUACGCACCCGCGCCGCCCACGUACUUGACACCUGCCGCCCCCUCUGCCACAUCGCAGUCACAACAUCAUCGACAGUUGCCCCGAGGCACUGCGCAUGGGAACAACCGACACUUCCGUCGCACGACUCUUUCGCCACUCGAUGCGCUGAACCGACGAUUCCGCACCUCCAAGACGAGACACAAGAACACCGCCAACAUGCCCGGGAUCCUGCCCAUGAAGGUGAUCAAGGUUGGUACCAACAACCAGGCGCGCAUAGCCCAGGCCUGCGAUCGAUGCCGCUCCAAGAAAAUCCGGUGCGAUGGCGUGCGGCCGCAGUGCACGCAGUGUGUGAACGUAGGCUUUGAGUGCAAGACCAGCGACAAGCUCAGCCGUCGAGCGUUUCCUCGCGGCUAUACAGAGUCGCUUGAGGAGCGCGUGCGCGCCCUGGAGGCCGAGGUGCGCGAGCUCAAGGAUCUGCUGGACGAGAAGGACGAGAAGAUCGACAUGCUUUCACGGAUACAUUCGCAUUCGUCUCCGACACAUUCGGUGCCGAGACCGUCCACGACUCCGAUUUCAGAGAUCCGCGAAGAUCCGCAAGAGAAAGAAGACACAUUCAAGAUACAACAGUCGCCUCUGCUACUUGAUGACGAAAACCGAGACACAUACUGCGUGGGAAGCUCGAGCGGGAGGGCGCUCGUUGAAUCCUUCAAGCAGCGCGCGCAGGAAUCUGGGAGGUCGUGCUCAGAUGUCAACUCCAAUGCGUUCUUUGGUACUGGGUCGAAGCCGUCGGUAUCGCACUCACCGAAGCGACCCAUCUCGUUCAGGGCCCCACCGCGCCUUGUAUCCGACCAGAUGAUCAACAUCUUCUUCCAAGAAUGGGCACCCUUAUUCCCAGUGCUACAUCGGCCAACCUUCCUUUCUCUGUACGAGCAGUACGUCGCCAGUCCUGAUGCUAUGACCGACAAGAAGUCAAUUGCAAAACUCAACCUCGUUUUUGGUAUCGCUGCGCUUUCUAGCGAUCCCCGUGAUGGCCAGGAUGUUGAGUCUUUCGAAGCGCAGUGGCGAGCCGCAUUAGAAAGCUUCGUGAUGGACAACGACAUGGCUACGUUGCAAUGUUUGGUACUCGCCCAAAUACACUGCUUGCUCAAAGCGGAUUACUCUCGGCUGCUCAAAUACAAGGGGCUUGCCGUUGGCUUGUCACAACGCCUCGGUUUGCACCAAUCGCAGAAGAGGUUCGCGCUCGGAGCAUUAACCAGCGAGACACGCAAGAAGGUCUUCUGGUCGCUCUACACUGUAGACUGUUUCUCCGCCGCCCAUCUUGGUCUUCCUAAGCUCCUGAGUGAAGAGGACGUACACUGCGAAUAUCCAGUAGAUGCCGACGAUGAGUAUGUUACCGAGAAGGGCUUUCUCCCGACCCUUCCAGGAGAGUCCACCAAACUCUCAAGUGCGUUGGCACUGUUCCGGCUGUCGCGCAUCCUCUCCAAGGUGCUAGCAGAUCUAUAUCCUGCUGCAGCGAUACACGAGAUAUCUUUCCGUGCCAUCUCCUCGCUUUCCGAUGACCUUGAAGAGUGGACGACCAAUCUCGCGCCGCAUCUCAAGCUCACUUUCCAGCAAGACAAGCCUAGCACAAACGUGACCAGCAGCAGGUCACCUAUCCUGUCCUUGGCGUACAAUCACAUUCGGUCGCUUAUCUAUCGUCCAGUAGUCGUUGCCAACCUGGGCGAUAGGGGCUCUUCGGCAAUGGUCGCGGUCGGCGAUGCGUCCAAGCAUAUCGUACAGAUCGUUCAGCUGCUUGAUGAACGCAAGUUGAGCUUCUCUUUCUGUCUCAACAAAAAUGAGGUUCUGGUUCAGGCAGGCUUCGGGCUCCUGUACCAGACGCUUGACCUCGACCGCGAUGGGAAGCUCAUCAAAGACUGCAAUCGGUUGAGCUGCACUGUUAUGGACAUGCUUGACAACGGUACCGCUGCUGGCGCCCACGAGUUUAGGCGUGUGGGAUGCUCGAUGAUUGCCAUUCCUCGUGUCGUCGAUUCUAUGCCUACCCCGAUCCUGUCCCGUCACAACUCAGAAGGUACUAUGGCCGCUCCUAUGGAACGCUUCCGUGCCACGCAAAAAACGCUCAAGGCAAUUGCCGCACGCUUUUCUCCGGGUCAAUUGAAAGCCAACCUGCAGAGCGCCGCCAGCGAACCACGCCGCGCCACACUGCCCACGAUCUCACCGUCUGUAGGCGCCCACGCGAGCCAAUCUUCUACCAGUCUCUCCUCCAUCCGUUCUGAACCUUACCACCAGGCGGAACAGACACUCAGCCCGCUCUCCCACCGUGCCUCGUUCUCUCACGCCAAACGCCGCCCUAGCCACCUCUACCAAAGUCAGAACCGCAACAUUGACUUCCUUUCUUUCGGCCCGGAUCCGCUUGCAAGCUACCACAUGCCUCACCACACCAUCAAUAAAGCAGACGUCUCGCCCUCGGACUGGGAGCGGCUUCUAUCCUCCCUCGACAAUGGCCAAACCAACAUCUACGAUUCAAUCUACGGCGGCCCCCCAGCCGACGCUCUACUCGACAGCAUGCCGCUCUCCGCAGGCGCCGAAUCGACCCGCACAUGGUCCCCCAACAUGUGGAACAUGGCCUACAACGAACAGGCCCCGCCACCGCAGAGCGUGCUCAGCUUCAGCGACGAGAGCCUGACCAGUGGAGAGGAAUUCGCAAACUCGGUCGGCGACUACGGCUCCACGCCUGGUAGCGACAACUUCAAAAACUACCAGGGCAUCGUGAUUCCGAAUCUCAACGCGCAGGACUCGCUUGCGCUUAGUGGGCUCGACGGAAACUUUGGCUUGUAAUCUUCGUACCUUUUCUAAUGACGGUCGGGCUGGGAAAACGGCUACUACCUAGGUUAUGACGGGGUUGGACAUUGGAUUCGGAUUUGGACUUGAAUGGCUGUUGUCUUCUUGGUUUCUUGUGUUUGGUCAGGGAUGGAAUAGGAUGGCUACGCGUUGGGUUUGCGGUUUUCUUGCUUCACUUCUUGAGAUACCUGCGCCGCACACGUAUGACCCUGUGCGCUGCCUUUGCUCUAACUUUACUCUCAAUUCUCGCUUCCAAUGUUGCUGCUUCUUUGAGACAGACGCCAGUCACUCCAGUCUUUACCACACCACGCACGGUACGGUACACAAGUAGC